GCACACAUAAAGAAAACUGUUUUUCAGAGCGUUUCAACGGUAAAAGUGGCGAAGUAUGAGGAACUUUUCGACUGCAUUUGGAUUUAUGCGCCCAAGAAGCUGAACAUCAGCGCUACUAGAAAUGAGCUCAGGACUGCUCUGGAUGUAUUCCUGACUGGUGGUUCCUCACUGUUCAAAUGGUCACUCGGCAUCUAUGAGAGCGCUUGUGACAUUGAUGCGCUGUCGUUGGUGUCCAAAGCUCCUCACUGUGCUUCACUUCGUAUUGAUCCAUGUUUCACCAUCGACAGCGUGACAUCGUUACUGGACUGCAUGAGACAAAUUCACGAAUUGAAGUACAUACGUUCGUUACACAAGGAAUCGUUACGAUAA